AGAGAGAGAGGGGCCUCAUCAUCCCUCAUGCUUUCAUUUCCUGACAAAGGAACUGUAUUUGGAACUCAAGACAAUCGCAAUCAAAAUACCCACUCACAAGCAUCAAACAGAAACAACAAAAAAAGUAGCCAUGACCAUCAACACCACUCAUAACUGCACAGAGCCCCAGAGUAACUGGAUCUUUGUCGGGGUCUACUCCAUGGUCUUCAUGGUUGGCCUCAUCCUCAACCUCACAGCACUGGUGGUGUUCUUCUGCUACACCAAGUUGUGGUCUCACACCACUGUCUACAUGAUCAACCUAGCCAUUGCAGACCUCCUCCUGGUCCUGACUCUGCCCCUGAGGAUCUACUACCAUCUGGGGAUGCAUGGGUUAUCUCAGGUCCUCUGUGAAGGGGUGGGCCUGGUUCUGCUGGUCAACAUGUAUGGCAGCAUCUUUCUCCUCACCUGCAUGUGUUUCGACCGUUGUGUAGCUGUGUGUUUCCCCAUGUCUUGCCGGGUUCGGGAGGGCCGAAAGAAAGCCCCGCUGGUCUGCCUCGGUGUGUGGGGGCUUACCAUCGGAGCCAGCCUCCCCAUCUACAUCUCCAAACGCAGCAAGGCAUCCAAGGAGAUCCAGGUGGACCGCUGUUUCGGGAGCUUUCCGGUCUACGCCACACAGACCACGGCGGUCGCCUCGACACUAACCGUCGGCUUCGGCAUCCCCUUGGUGGUGAUGUUGGUCUGUUCCUGGGCGUUGAUACAUGCCAUCACAAGAAGCGCUGUAGCGCAGACAGACCUUAUCAACUCUGGGAAGAUCCAGAGGAUGAUCGCCACCAGCCUGGUGAUAUUUCUGGCCUGCUUCCUGCCCUACCAUGGGACUCUGGCACUCCUCUAUGUCCAUAGGGAAGCGGUACCGUGCUCCCUACUGUCGGUAUACCACUAUAGCCUAAUGGUGGCCUGUCUGAACGCCAUUUUGGACCCACUUGCCUACUACUUCACCACGGAGACGUUCAGGAGGAAGGUGGAUAUGGACGCCAUGACGAGGAUGUUCCCACUCAACAGUCAGAACUCUGAGGGGAACAACUCCAGAGCACCCGUCAACACUUAAAGUUUUAAAGCUACAGUCUGGGAUUGGAAAAACAACAAAUCCGUCACCCCGCUGGCCGCCUCUUGUUUUGGUAAAAUCGUAUUAAAGGACGUUCUAUAUACUGCCAAGAUAUAGAAUGGUGGCGAUAUUGAAUUUAUAAAGUGUAGUUCUAAGCUAAGCUAGCACCCAUGGUGUUAAGUUAUUGGAUCAUCCAUGUGCAAUCAGUUGGUUCUCAUACUGAAGUUUCGGACUAUGCAGUGGCAUGUAUUCAUGGAUGCCAAAGGAAGGCAGGAUUCCACAAAACAUUGACCCCCAAAAAAAUAUAUAUAUAUAUAAAAUAAUUGAUCUUUCGUGUCUGUGUGUGUCAUAAUUUUCCUUCAAUUCGCAAGAGCCGGAAUUUACAGUAUCUCCGAGCGAAGCGAAACAGCGCCCCUCUGUCUCUGUAUGUGUUUUGGGUAGAGCAGACGUUUCCAUAUGUUUUUGUUAGCUGC